AUCGGUGGUACUGUUCAGGCAGGAGCUGAUGCUUCCUUUGUCGAGGCACCGAGGGAUGAUGAUGAACUCAAGGAAAUCGGGCGAAGAACAAAGGGUUACAGAGUAUGCAACAUGAUUGAAGGCGGGGUGACGCCAUUGCAUAGUCCCGAGGAGCUCAAAGAAAUGGGUUUUCAUCUGAUCGUUCACCCUCUUACCGCUCUUUAUGCAACGGCUCGAGCUCUGGUUGAUGCCCUCAAGAUUCUCAAGGAGAACGGAAGCACUCGAGAUCACUUAGAAAAGAUGGCUACGUUCAAGGAAUUCAACGGGCUGGUGAGCCUGGAAUCGUGGUUUGAGCUCGAAGCUCGAUACUCGAAUCUGAGGAAUGCUCUUGGAACACAAUCAUGAAAGGAUUACAUUCAUGAUUAUGAAAGCUGAUUCCUUUUGAAAAAAUUCUGGAGAGUGGGGCCUUUUUUUAGACGGAUUUAUCAGCAAUAAGUAAAGAAACAUCACUUUCCUGUAAGUUUUGACAUUGAACAAAGCCUCCUCACUUUCUUUCUCGGUUAUUACAGUGAUAAGACAACGGGAAUUACAGAACCCGUGUUCUAAAUUUCUAAUUUAGGAGGAAAUCUUGAUCA